UUGUUAACAGAUCUUGACCCGUGCAUCAAUGUUUCCUGCAAGUACUUUGCAGUAUGCAAGGCGUUUGGUCCCAGGGACGCGCGGUGCAUUUGCGUGGAUAAUUGUCCAUCAUUCGAAGGGCCUGUGUGUUCCUCCAAUGGAACUACAUACGAUAACGAGUGUGUGUUCCAGAGAGAAAUGUGCCAUCUCCGGGCAAACUUCACUGCCUAUCAUCCAGGAGAUUGUACAGGUAAUUUUGCUUGUGCUUCAUUAUAUUUGAAAUGGAGGAUUUCAGUUACCGGCAUGUUUCUUAAAUUAAUUUUUAACUUAUGUUUUUCAAACAAGAGAGAUCUUCAUUAUAAAAGAGCUCAAUACGGUAUAAAUAAUCUCACAGUUGAGUGAACCUCUUCACGACUUCCAUUCGUGAGUGACGUUUCAUUUUAAGUUACAUGCAGUUUAUCUUGGGGUGGUGAAUUCUAUUCAAGUAUAAAUCUUAUUGACAAAAGCAGAAACAAACAAACAAUCAAAGCAAAAACUUCAGCAGGGUAGUGACUUAAUUCCUUUGACUUUCUUCCAUUAAAUGCGGUUUGAAUUAGUAUUUGUUUGUGGUUUACCUCCUUUAUUGUUCUGUUCUCAAACAUGCUGACCAUUUUUUAACCAAACAAUGUGACAAGUGUGUUGCUUUUGUUUGCAGGAUUCCCUUCCCAAAAAGGCCGUCAUCGCCUCAGUCACAACCCAGUCUGGGCUGAAGCAAUUUGCGAACAAGUUCCACUGGAACCUUACGUCUUUUAUCCUAACAAACCGGUUCACAUACAGGUUUCUGUCAAUCACGCGAACUUCUCAGACCCAGCCUAUAUCCACGAGGCAGUGGUUGCUUGGGUUGAAGACAUCAUGGAGAACAAUUUUACAGUUUGCGUCACACAGGCUGGUAGAAACGAGAAGAGAAAUGGAGAAACGUUUGCCACAGUGGACUGGCUGGCAUACCAAGGAGCCCCUGACGGGGGAGUGUCGGGUGAAAUGGACAUGCCAACCUGGUGGACUGGGACGAGCUGUCGUACAGUGUCUCUACCCUCGGUGAGUUCAAUUUGUAGUAUUCGCAAGUUCAUUUGCAGUGUCUUUCAACUAAAUCAGUAAUAGUACAUGAGACAUAGGACUCUUACGGACCUGAAAAGAUACUAAAAUUCCACAUGAAAGUGAUGCCUAUAGGGUAUAAAGGAAGGAAAUGAUAAAGAAAAGGAGAUUUUCAUUUAUUUUUUAUUUGCGUCCUUUAGUAGACCUUUUAAUAUAUUGUAUGUACUUAAAUUACUUUUUUCCUACCAUAAACUUUAAAUUGUUGGGUUUAUAUAGCUGUCUUAAUAUCGCAUUUUUUAAGCAAUUCGUACAUGAUAUCAUCGUUUCUUUUUUCUUCAAGAAUAUAACAAGAAUUCCGUUUUUCGGUUUUAAUUCUAUUAAGAAUAUAUUUGAAACUUUUUUCUAAAAAUGUUCCUUUUGCUUCUGAUUGUCGUCAUCACAGAGAAAGUUUACUUCAGUGCCCACAAUCCUAGUGUCAGCGGAGCAUGAAAGGCGCGGUGUAAAGCAUGAUGCCUCCUCUGCGUGGGUUGAAGAUGUCACGACAACCUCCUUCAAGAUCUGCGUCAGAGAGUUACAAAACUUUGAGGGCUCUCAUGAGAGCAUUCAUAUU